AUGGAAGAAUGGGAAAAAUGGGAGAACAGGAAAAUGGGAAAAGGGGGGAAAGAGGAGGACGGGAGGAGGACAGAAGGACGGGAGGAGGACAGAAGGACGGGAGGAGGACAGAAGGACGGGAGGAGGACAGAAGGACGGGAGGAGGACAGAAGGACGGGAGGAGGACAGAAGGACGGGAGGAGGACAGAAGGACGGGAGGAGGACAGAAGGACGGGAGGAGGACAGAAGGACGGGAGGAGGACAGAAGGACGGGAGGAGGACAGAAGGACGGGAGGAGGACAGAAGGACGGGAGGAGGACAGAAGGACGGGAGGAGGACAGAAGGACGGGAGGAGGACAGAAGGACGGGAGGAGGACAGAAGGACGGGAGGAGGACAGAAGGACGGGGAGGAGGACAGAAGGACGGGAGGAGGACAGAAGGACGGGAGGAGGACAGAAGGACGGGAGGAGGACAGAAGGACGGGAGGAGGACAGAAGGACGGGAGGAGGACAGAAGGACGGGAGGAGGACAGAAGGACGGGAGGAGGACAGAAGGACGGGAGGAGGACAGAAGGACGGGGGGAUGACAGGACCGGAGGACAAGUGA